AGGAGCGGAGCAGAGGCAGGGCUGCUACAUUUGGAGUGCACACUUCAGAGUGAACAGACAGCCACUUUGAACUUAUUGCAGUCCUUCCCCGUCUACACCGUGUCCUGUCCGCGCGCUCACCGGAAUAACCACGUGAUUAGUUUGCGACGUCACCUGAAUCCCAUCCCCAGACUGAAGGAAUGUAACCGUUGCGCUGGUUAUCCGGUACAGUCAUGGUGUGAAAUGGCUCUGGGAGUCCCGGUCCCGUCGCUCCUCGCUCACACUGGAAGCAGCUGAAGUUGCGGCUUGAGCGCGAGGAUGGAGCACGCGGCAGAUGUGAAGUGUAAGAUGGUGGUGGUGGGGGACAGCGCGUGCGGCAAAACGGCCCUGCUCACCGUCUUCGCUAAAGACUGCUUCCCGGAGAGCUACGUGCCGACCGUGUUUGAGAACUACACAGCCAGUUUUGAGAUCGACUCUCUCCGAGUGGAGCUCAGCCUCUGGGACACAUCUGGAUCACCAUACUAUGACAACGUGCGUCCACUCUCAUACCCUGACGCAGAUGCUGUGCUCAUCUGUUUCGACAUCAGCCGACCAGAAACCCUGGACAGUGUGCUCAGGAAGUGGAAGGGUGAGAUUGAGGAAUUCUGUCCCAACACGAAAAUGCUCCUGGUUGGUUGCAAGUCAGACCUGCGUACAGACCUGGCGACCUUUGUGCAGCUUUCUAACGAGUUGCCAUUGACCUACGAUCAGGGUUCAAACAUGGCCAAGCAGAUCUCAGCUCCUUACAUUGAGUGUUCUGCACUGCAGUCAGAGAACAGCGUGAGAGACAUUUUCCAUGUGGCCGCUUUGGCCUGCGUCAACAAGAGCAACAAAAACGUAAAGCGUCACAAGUCUUCCCGAGCCACCAAGAGAUCCUCGCACAUGCCCGGUAGACCCGAGCAUGAUUCAAUGUCGUGUCUGCACAAGAGCAAGGCUAAAACCUGUUCUGUCAUGUGAAGAACCGAAGAACAGAAACUCUUUUAUGCAUUGGUAUUUUACUUGGAUUUGUUUCCAAUCAGGAUUGAAAAUAUAGACUUGGAAACUUUUUUUUUUGCACUUUAUACAAAUUCAUAGACUCCUCCAACAAGGUUACACUAUAUACCGUAAUUCCGAGGAGUGCCGCAGCACUGAGCUUGGAACCAGAGAGACCUGAAUUAAUGAAGUGUUCAUUGCUGUGCCAGAACUUGAUUUCCCUUUUAAAUUUAUGCAGCAUGGAAAUGGUGGAUUCAGAUACGUCGAGCAAACCUCAGUAGGAAAAAGGACCUUUUAGUAAGUCGUUAGAAUUCCAAUAGUCUGUAUACAAAAUGUCAAGGCAAGACUAGCACCUAUAUGCCCUGUUUUUAUUUCAGUGAAAUAAAUUAUGGAUGUAUCUUACUUUGCUUUAGUGAAACUAAACUCAAAUGUGACCCUUGACCAAAGCAGAACUUGAUGGAUUGUGGUUUAGCCUUCUCAGAACUGAGGAAUUUUGUAAAUGAACAUGAAGCAAUAAAUAAAGCUUAACCUCC